AUGGCACCACAAGUCUUCUUCAUCACAGGAACAAGCACUGGUUUCGGUUACGAGCUGGUCAAGAAAGCCCUCUCUGAAGGUGACAAGGUAGUAGCCACAGCUCGAAACAGCUCGAAGUUGAGAUUUGAUGGCGCAAACGAGAGCAACUUUCUGGCUGUAGAUCUUGAUGUCACGGAUUCAAGCUCAGUCGAUAAAGCUUUCGAUGCAACGCUGGAGAAGUUCGGCCGGGUUGAUGUGGUCGUUAACAAUGCUGGGUAUGGUCUCGCAGGAGAAUUUGAGAGUGUUUCGGAAGAACAAGCACGCACUCAAUUCGAGGUGAACUUCUUCGGCCUACUACGAGUGACUCGAAAAGCAUUGAAGAUCAUGCGAGAAAUCAAUAAGCCUUGCGGAGGUAGGAUACAGCAAAUAACUUCCAUGGGAGGUCAACUUGGCGUCCCAUUCUUCUCAAUCUACUGUGCUUCUAAGUGGGCGGUGGAGGGAUUCACUGAGACGGUCUCCAAGGAAUUGAAGCCUGAGUGGAACAUCAAGCUGACGUGCAUUGAGCCCGGUGGUUUCCGCACGGAUUGGGCUGGACGGUCCAUGAUCUUUGGGGAUUCAAAGGAGCCGGCUUACGAUCAUUUGGAUGCUAAGAAGUCGAUGGGGGAGAGAAAUGGUUCGCAACCUGGUGACCCAGUCAAGGGAGCGGAUGUUUUCUGGCAGGUUGCGAAGAUGGAUGAUCCUCCUCUUCGUAUUGCUGUUGGUACGGAUGCCUACGCUGGUAUUCAGAACAAAAUCWAGCAGUACAGCGAGAUGGUGCCCAAGUAUGAGAAAUUAAGCAACAGCACCGACGUGGAUGGCUACAAGAAGCCAAGCUGA